CUUUGAAAGGUGUGACCCGGAAGUUUUCUCGUUGAUUUGCUUCCGUGUGUAUGUCAAUGUUGUGCAGCUCUGCUAUGGUUGUCCUCAGGAAGAUCCUCCAUGUGAGUAAAAGCAUCUCCAGCUUCAGGAGUUUCGAGGCUCCGUUUAGCCGCCUCCGUGGUCCGGAGAGCAGAGACGCUCUCACCCGGAGUCAGAGCUCCGCGGCCGGCCGCGCUCCAGCGCCACACUCCGGGGACAAACCGCGGCUCAGAGCGAUCGACCUGGCUCACGAAGUCCGACAGGAGAAGGCAGAGACGGGGCGGCCGGGGCCCGCGGCGUCCGCUCGUCCUGGGCGGGUGGCGGAGCUGAAACGGUUCAGUCAGCAGCUCCAGAACGUCCAUCCCAACGUCCUGGCCAAGCAGCUCCGCAGAAGCGUCCUGUACGCGGAUGAGGACGUGGUGGUCAUCAGCAAACCCCACGGGGUUCCUGUCAGAGAGGACGCAGGAGCCAAUUCCAUCUCCUCUGUCCUUCCUGUUCUCUCCAAAAUGAUGAGCGGGAUGAAAGUCAGGUCCGAAUCUCAGCUUCUCCCCUGCCUGGGCCUGGAGAAAGACUCAACAGGAGCCCUCCUGCUGGCCAGGAACGAGGACGUGGUGGAGCACAUCCUCUCCCUGAGAAGAAACAACCAAGUCCAGAGGAAAUAUUGGGUUGUUGCAGUCGGUGUUCCUGUUCCGUCUGAAGGACUGGUGGACAUCCCCAUCAUUGAAAGAGAGGUUGCAGGCUCUCAGCCUCACUUCAAGAUGGAUCUGAGUCCGCUCUUUCGGAUGAGCGAUGCAGGAGACGGCUUGAUCCGGGUCCGAGGCCAGCGCCAAGCCCAUCCUGCUGUCACCAAGUACCGGGUCCUGGAGAGCGGCGGCGGCUGCAGCCUGGUGGAGCUCCAACCUUUUACCGAAGUGAAGCAUCAGAUGAGGGUCCACAUGGCUAUUGCUCUGGACUGCCCUAUUCUCGGUGACCACAAGUACUCUCAUCGGAACAAACUGGCACCACAGAAACUGCCAGAACACAUGUUGAAAAAGCUGGGGCUGGAACAAAGCCAGAUCCGCUACCUUCCCCUUCAUCUCCACGCCAGACAGCUGAUCCUACCUGCAAGAAGCGGCCAAGCAGACAUCCGGGUUUCCUGUCCUCUGCCCAAGUACUUCCUGCAAACACUGAAUCGACUGCGCUUGAACUUCAGAGAAGACAAAGGAGACAAAUCACCUUCUGAAAUCCAGGAAACACCCGUCCAGAAGCGAUAGCCGGGGCUUGUGAAGCGUGCUUCUGCCACACGCAGGAAGUGGGCGAUUUGACCAUUUAAAUGAAAUGGGCCGUUACCUGCAAGGCUGGGUUAUAGCAGUCUUGUUGUUUAAGAUGAACCAGCACAGGAGGAGCUGUAGAGCUGGACAAAAUGCUUGGAUAAUAAACUGUCUCUGUGUUCCUGAGUCCUCCUCACCGCUCUCGCUCAGUGAUGAAGCUCUAUUGGAAACUACGACACAAUGAAGAAAGGAACUGGCUUUUUUAUUUUCAAAUAUAGCUUUUGUGAAUCAGUGAGGGUCACCUCUUCCAUUCGCUGUUCUGAAUUAUCGUUUGGAAAAUAAUAAAAAAGAAAAAAAAACAGG